UUUUCACUGUUAACAAAAACCCCUCCACUCCCUGCCCCUUCGGGACAUUUCAACUUUCAAGCAAACGUUCUGCCAGGCAAGCACGAACCCUCCCCUACCCCCGCCCCUGACCCACACCAACAUAAACCCAUAAUCCAAAUGUAUGAGAGAAAAGCGGAGAGGUGAAAAAAAGAGACAAACGAGCGUAAAGGAAAGAGACGUUAUAUGUGUUUGUGGAUAAUGUAAUGGUAUUAGUGUUGGGAACCCAAGCGAUUAGCGUCGAGCAUAACCACCGCAGUUUGAUACACACUUGUAAUAUUUGUGUGUUGGGUGGAAAAAGAAGUGCCACCAAAUCGAUUUUUUCAUUUGGUUUUACCUCCAUUAAAUUAAUAAUACCCAACAGUGCUAGUAAUUAAUUGAAUUGAAAUUAGACUGAUAAUGUCGUCAAAGAGGAAAACUCCGGCUACCAAGAAGGGAAAGAAUAAGUCUAGGAAAGUGGAGUACGAUGAGGAGGAUAUUUCAAGUGAGCAUGAGUCUGAUCUUGAGGAUGCCGACGCCGGUUCGAACGCUGAUGCUGAGGACGCCAACGAUGAUGAGCUCAAUGAUGUCUCUAACAUUCCUGAAUUACGUGCACCAGAGGGAGGCUGGGGUAAGCCUGGAACCUUCGUAAUGUGUGGAUUAACAAAUUGGGAUCAGGCUGGACGCAAGGCACCGCCGAAGGGCUCAAAGGUGAACAUUGGGCGCAGCUUGUGGACGCCACACACUUUCAAGAAUCUCAAUGGCGCCAGGGUGAGGCUCGUUGUAUCUGGCCCAGCUGCUUCUCACUGCGUCGUCGUCACGGAGGAUGACAGGUGUCUCGUAUUCGGGAGAAAUGACAAAGGACAACUAGGAGUGGGCGACACGAAUCGUCGCGACGACCCGACCGAGGUUGAGGCCCUCAAGGGUCACACAGUGAUAGCAGCGGCCUGUGGUCGUGCCCACACCCUCUUCCUCACAAGUCGUGGCCUAGUCUUCGGAGCUGGUGACAAUAAGCUGGGGCAAUGUGGUGUUGGUAAAGCAGACGCAAUGAUCACAACAGCGACUAAAGUCAAGUACUCAGGGGCUCCAAUCGUCAAGGUCGGCUGUGGCGCUGAAUUCUCAAUGAUUCUGGACAUAAAAGGUGGACUCCACUCCUUUGGAUCCCCAGAGAAUGGCCAACUCGGUCACAACACCGAUGGAAAGUACUUCAUUACGAGCACUAAAAUGGCAUUUCACUUUGAAAAAUCACCUAAACGAAUUGUCCUGUAUGUGGAGAGGGGCAAGGACGGCCAUGUGACUCCUCUUGACAGAGUCGAAAUAACUGAUUUCAGUUGUGGAUAUUAUCACACUGUAGCCAUUGACAGCAAAAGUCGUGCAUUCUCCUGGGGCUUUGGGGGAGUUGGGAGACUUGGACACAAUGAGCAGAAAGAUGAACUUGUUCCACGAUUAAUCAAGUAUCUUGAGCCACCCAAUCGUGGAGUCAGAUCCGUCCACUGUGGUAGUACUUACAGUAUUGUUAUCAAUGUUCAUGGCACUGCACUCAUGUUUGGCCAGACCAAACGCACUGGCGAGGCUAAUAUGUAUCCCAAGCCUAUUCCUGAUCUCUCUGGGUGGGAGAUCAGGUGUGUUGGGGUCAGUCAGACUAGUGUUGUUGUUGCUGCUGAUGAGUCCGUCAUUGCUUGGGGAGCUAGUCCUACUUUUGGAGAACUUGGUUUCGGUGAAAUGAGAAAAUCAUCAACAACUCCAAUGGAAGUGAAAGCCCUGGAGGGUCUCUACAUAACAGCAAUAACUUGUGGACUCUCUCACACAUUAAUGAUAGCCAGAGAUGACACUGAAGAGGAAAGGGCCAAACUUGCUAAACUUGAAGUUUACUCCUGCUAAAUUCCUCCCCUCGAUCAUUAUUCUCAUUUUUUAUUCUUUAUCUCUCUAAUUAUUUUCAUCUUUCGAUAGAGGGUACAUGCCAUUGCAUCUCCAAAUCAUGGGAAUUGAUAUCGAAAGGAAUAUUGCCGUAAUAGGUGGCAAAACGUUCCAAGGCGGAAAAUCAUCUGGGUAAAUCUCGAAAUAUCUCGUUAACAAGUGGUUUUCAAAGGACUUGUCCGAAUGCAUUCUUUUGCAAAAACAAAGGUCUUGACAUUUUGCCCUAAUACCACUCUGUAACGAGAUUAAUGCAUAACUGGGGAAAAUGAAAUUUACUUAAUUUGACCACUUCACUGACUCACGAUGGUCCCAGAACAAUUAACGAAUAACUCAUAGCUCAUAACUAUAUCAUUAAAAAUUUUAAGUAAGCUGAGUAUUCCAGUUAAUUUGCAACAGGCAAACUCAGUGAAAUGAAUGAACUGAAAAAUAAUAUAUUUUGAUACGUUAAUAUUUUUAUCACUCUGCAAUUUAAAACAUUUUUUCAGCCUAAUUAAAAUAGCCAAAAUGCCACGACGGCUGUAGUUAUCUGUACAAUUGCUCCUUGAUCAUCUUACACGGGUGCCUGAAUCGUGGGCGUUAUUACAUAAUAGUGAAAUUAAUUUUCCAAUUGUUCUCAUUUGAUUGGAAUUCUGCUGAUGAUAAGGAGAGAUCAAUCGAAAUUUCGAAGUAAUUAUAUUGGAACAGAAAAGUAUUAUCUACGAAACUGUGAAAAUUAAUGAGAUGGAGUGGGUUUAAUUUUAAUUCUCUCGUAUAUUCGAAAAUUAUUUUAUCUUUUUUCAUUAUUCUCCAUCUCAUUCGGCCUAGAUUGCGAAUAUCGUAGGAACAUUGGUUCUGGAAGAAAAAUUCCGAAGGCAUUUUAGUUGGAAUUUAAAUCCAGUUUUCUACAAAAAAAUGUUCAUUCACAUCUUUUUCUAAACCUAAUUAUUUUUAAGAUAUUUGCAAAGCAAUGAGAGGGUAAUUUUUUCACUCAUCCCUUGGGCUUAAAAAAUUCUCCACUACAAUUAUCUCGAAAAUGAGUUAUUUGGGAGGAAAAUGUCAAGAGAUUUUUUUCGUAGAAAAGUUCAUCGGCGGUGAGAAAAGGUCUUUUGACAUCUCCUAAGACUUUUCAUUUCCCAGAUCAAUGCAUAAUAAAGGGAAACUUCAUGUCCCACAUUUUACAUUUUAACAAUUCACAAAGAUGAAAAAAUGAUAAUUUUUUUAUUUUAUUAUUUUUGAAUUUUAAUUGCAUUUAACUGGAGAUUGAGUCGAUACAUAUUCUUCCAUAGUUUGUACCGACACAGGAAACAUAAAAAAGUUCGAAUAAAAACGAUCGUACGUAUUUAUACUUAGAAAGAAGGUCAUUAAGGAGCUCGCCUCAUGCACUGAAGAAGAGAGUAAAUGAUAAACUAAAGAAACUAAGACUUUGGAUGUAAACUUCAUUAAAAUGAGAACUGCCAAAACGAAAUGUACAAUUAAAAUCACUCAUCCAGCCCCCGAAUGAAUAACUUCCAUGUAAUAUAACUAAUUUACACUCUAGGGUUUUAUGUGGUAAAGCGAAAUUAGAUGUAGAUUUUACUUAAAGAAAUAAAUAAAAUUUCUCUUUUAUUUUUACGCACAACUGUAAUGGUACUUCAAGUAAUGAUUAAACUGCACUCGAAAAAUAAAAACGAAAAUGAUUAUUAAUAUUGGGAAGCGUCAUUAGAUUUUUAAGUUGGUGAUGUAAACAAUGAAUCAAGAAGGAUAAUAAAUACGAUUUACUAAUAAAAUGAAA